AGCCAGGCGUCACAGCACCGACAAGAUGGCCGAGAGUACGGGACGAAAGUGAGGGAGGAAACAAAAACACUGGCGACACUAUCCUUGCUGCGGAUGCCAGACCUGUAGAGCAGGUAGAGGCGAGUUAGUGCAAAGAUAAAAGCUGGGUAGCUUCGACACUCCGUUCUGUGGGUGACAUUUGCCGUAUGCAGACGAAUUGUACUCCGAGCUGACGGAACGUUUGGCAGGUCGUCUGCGUUGGCCAGGGAGCUAACCAGCUAACCAUGUUAGCUAGCUGACAGCACCGUUAGCUAGAGAAUACGCUUUGAGAAAGUGACAGCUGGGUUAAAUUUGAAAUACACAGUCGUCCCUACUACUACUUUCAGAUAACAUUUUUUUUUCCAGCGGCAUAACUUCUCCGAGUCAGAAGUUUGAUUUAACACACUAGUUAAUGCUUAGCCUUCUGGUUGGUAAGCUAACAUUGCGGAUUUCUUCGGAGUUAGCGUUAGCAAACGCUGCUUAGCUUGUUCAGCUGUUUUGGGUGACUUGAGUUGUUCGGAUACAGGAAAGGUGCAUCGGUCUGUGUGUAGGAAGGAAAUUUUAUUUUUCUGUCUGAGAGAACCCGGAGGUAUUCUCCUGCAGGAGCGCCGUGGGACAUUAACAGCACCACAGCCGGGACUGUAAACACAAGUGAAGCCGAUCAGAGCUUAGUCCUGCACUAUUGGACGAAGCACAGUUCCAGUCAGCAUCACCAUGGCCCAUUCUCCCGUUCAGGGUAACCUGCCGGGGAUGCAGAAUGCCAGAGUGGACCCGGAGGAGCUGUUCACCAAGCUUGAGCGCAUUGGCAAGGGUUCAUUUGGCGAGGUAUUCAAAGGCAUCGACAACCGCACGCAGAAGGUAGUGGCCAUCAAGAUCAUAGAUCUGGAGGAAGCAGAGGACGAGAUUGAAGAUAUCCAGCAGGAGAUCACCGUGCUGAGCCAGUGCGACAGCCCCUUUAUCACCAAAUACUACGGCUCAUACCUGAAGGACACAAAGCUAUGGAUCAUCAUGGAAUAUUUAGGUGGAGGCUCAGCAUUAGAUUUGAUGGAGCCUGGAGCUCUGGAUGAGACCCAGAUCGCCACGAUCCUAAGAGAGAUCCUCAAGGGCCUGGAGUACCUGCACUCUGAGAAAAAGAUCCACAGGGAUAUCAAAGCUGCCAACGUGCUGCUGUCUGAGCAAGGAGAGGUGAAGCUGGCAGAUUUUGGUGUUGCUGGGCAGCUCACAGACACCCAGAUCAAACGCAACACGUUUGUGGGCACACCCUUUUGGAUGGCCCCUGAGGUCAUCAAACAGUCAGCCUACGAUUCCAAGGCUGAUAUCUGGUCUUUGGGCAUCACAGCUAUUGAGCUGGCGAAAGGCGAGCCACCCCAUUCAGACCUCCAUCCAAUGAAGGUUUUAUUCCUCAUCCCAAAGAACAACCCACCCACCCUGGAGGGCAACUACAGCAAACCUCUCAAGGAAUUUGUCGAGGCCUGUCUCAACAAAGAGCCCAGUUUUAGACCAACUGCCAAAGAGCUGCUGAAGCAUAAACUUAUCGUCCGCCAUGCAAAGAAGACGUCCUACCUGACUGAGCUGGUGGACAAGUACAAAAGGUGGAAGGCAGAGCAGUCUAGAACCACAGAAUCCAGUUCUGAUGAAUCUGACUCAGAGCAGGAUGGCCAGGCGUCGGGCGGGAAUGACUUUGGUAGUGAUGAUUGGAUCUUCACCAUCCGAGAGAAAGACCCCAAGAAGCUGCAAAAUGGGGAUGGCCAGUCAGGGGUAACAGACCAGAAAAAAGACAUUCCAAAGAGGCCUUAUUCACAGAGCCUGGCCACUGUUAUCUCUCCUGCAUUAGCUGAGCUGAAGGCGCGACAGGAGCAGGUGAAUGGGAACCCCAUGGUCCUGGAUGAGCUGAGAGAGGCCAUCCUGCUGGCUGAAGAGGCCUACCCUGGCAUCUCUGAUUCCUUGGUUUCUCACAUGGUGCACAGGCUGCAGAGUUUCUCCACAAGCAAGACAUCCACCUCUUCCACUUAGUGAUUGGUUCUGCCCCAGCCCUGCUCUCCCAAGCCCCUACCCCCCAUUCAACACCACAGCCAGGUCAGAGGGUUAAAAGUCAGGGGUGAUGUCAUUCAAUACCAGCUGACCACAUGCGACCUCCCUUAUGUAGGGCAAGGUGCUAACCUAGCCUGUAAAAAAUACUGAACUCCGAAGCAGAGGAGAAGAGGGAACCUCUGGAGAGCUUCUUUUAGUCAAUAACAAGGAGAAGUUUAGGGUCAGCAAGACCCACUGAAAAGGCUGUGAUGGGACAAACUCAGUCAGAGCGAUGUCAGCGACUCUGGGCUCUGUAAACAGGAGACUCCUCCAGUCUCACACAGCAGAGGCUUUACACGGACUCUGCUCAACAAGGAGCCAAAAAAUCUCCCCGAAAUCCACAACAAGACUUCAGCCCCCCUCCCCCCCUUUACAAAUGCAGGCAUCAUAUCCCCAGAACCUCUGAAAGCAUGCUUGAUGAACCUGCAGGGAUAUUAUCUUAGUGUGCAAGCUGUGUGUAUGUAUAUGUGUGUGUGUGUGUGUGUGUGUGUGUGUGUGUGUGUGUGUGUGUGUGUGUGUUUGUGUGUGCGCGCGCACGUGCAUGCGUGCAGCUGCACACCUGUGACUGUGUGUGCACAUGUUCUCUCUUGUAAGUAAGACUCCCUGUUUAGGCAAAUUGCAGCAUUCAUAAUGAAACCUCAGGUAAAGUGCUUUAAGUGGACUUUGUCCUCCCAACGAGUGGGGGAGGGAGGGGGGGGGGCAUGCUGUACAUGCAUACAAGUCGUCAUUGCGGGAAAUUAAUCACUGUGUACAAAAUGGUCAUGCGCAUUUUGUAGAUACUGAUGAUGUUUAAAAGCAGAUAUUUAAAGUUACUCCAACAGAAAGAACAGAAAAUGCCUUGCCUUUUUCAGAUACACGUCUGUGUUCUGGCAUUACAUCAGUUUUCUUUUACUCAUCAGUGAGUGAGAUUCAUCAGUGUUUUUUGUUUUUGUUUAUUCCCCCCCCCACCCCCCCCACCCCAAAGUGACUUAGUUCCAAUCUUGCAUUUCAAUCAUCUGCUGAAUCGUCAAACUAACGAUGAUACUAAGCUGACUUUGUUUAGUGGCAGAAGCUUUUCCUUUGUUUCUGUAGUCAGGGGGGAAAACUGCUACCUGUACUUAUGUUUAGACAAUUAAAGUCAGUUUUGUAAUUGUGUAGGUCAAGAAUGAAGUUACGACAAUUACAAUGUGGAACCAUUAGGGGUGGUUGAAUGCUGAUAUGUGAAGUAUUAUUUUUUUUUUUUUUCCCUUGGCUUGUAAUUUCUCCUUAGCAGUGUUUAGAAACUAAAGUGGAGGUGAGGAAAAAAUGUCAAGGAUCCCAGAAGGCAAUCACAUCACAACACUUUGCUCACGGCCAAAUUAAACUGUAGUUCAGGACAAGCCAAGCUGCAGAAUCGAAUGCCAUCCUUAUUAUCCUCACUUCACACAUUUCUGCACCUCCACACCGUGCUGUAGAAGUGCCAUGUCUUCUUUUAUGCUUUCACCAGAUAUUUGUAGUAUGAUUUGCACCUUUUUUUUUUUUUUUUCUAAUUUUCAGAUCAGUUUUUUGCACUUUGAAAGUGUGUCAAGUAUUUAAAGAAACUUGUAAAAAAAAAACAAACAAAAAGUUGCUAAUAGCCAUGUUUUACUGUAUAUGUUUACUUAAGAGUUCCAGAAUUUACUACUGUGCUAAUGCAGCAAUAAUGUUGGUGAGUUGCAUCAUGACACACUUGUCAACACAGGGAUUGAAAGAAAUUAAGAAAUAUGUGAUAUUUUUAUAACUGCAAAGAGUUAAGUAUGGAAAUAUGGAAUGCUUUAUCGAUAUCGGCACCUGCCUCUGGCAAAAAAUAAUAAUCUAUACCUUACAGAAAACAUAUGCUAUGGAAAUAACAAAAUAUGUACAUUUGGUUUCCUUUAUCAUAGCUGACAGUUUAUAAUACUGUAUAUAAUCUUUGCUUGUGUCAUUUGAGAAUUCCCAAGUUAAAUUUAAGCUCCUUAUAAGCUUUCAAAGUGACAUGAGAAAUAAAGAUCUAAUGCUAACUGAGA